AUGUCCGACACAGAGCAAGAGUGGAAGCCCAAGGGUCGACCCCAGUCGACCAUGGCACAGGCUUUCUCGAGCGCGCUGGAUAGCGCUUUCAUGCUGGACAGCGACGUGAACCACCUUUCUCAGACCAUCGAUCAGAAGAAACAACAGAUGAUAAUUCAAAGCCGAGAGCUCGAGGCCUUGCAACAGCGCAUUCGCGAGGCCGAAGAGCGCCUGAAACGCCAGGCCGUCACCAACGGCGCACCACAGUCCACUCGAGGAGGACAGGCCCAGACAGCCGGUAAGGAUGAGUCGUCUUGA